UAUGGGAGGAUCUAAAUCUAAAUCAAUCAAGAAACAUGCAAAAGUAGCAUUUACAGAUUAAGAACUUGAAGUCCUUGAAGUAUACUUUGAAUUAUUAAAAUGCCAUGAUUCUAUGUGAAUAAACUAUCCUAAUUACAUAGAAACGGAUUUCUAACAUAGAAAUCAAUGCUUCCAGAAUUCCCUGAGAAUCCAGAUUUUUCUGUUAAAUUGUAUAAUUGGAUGAGAGAAAGAUGUAACAAUUAAUAAAUUGAUUAUACUAAUUUUGUCAUUACAUGUAAACAUUAUAAUUUAUAUUUUUAGUGGAACUCUUACUUAAAGAAUAAUAAGAAUAUUAUCUAAGUGAUUACAAAUUUAGAGUUCUUGAGAAAUUUGAGUUAUUUGCUUUGAUUAGUUUAGGUUGUCUUGAAAAUCAGAAAGAAUCAAUCAAUAGGUAUUUUAACUAUUCUUUAUUAUAGAUUUUCAGUAAGUUACUCUUAAGGAAGUCUUAUAAUUAAGGAAUUAUUAAAUAUGUAUUAUUACAAUCAAGAAAUUAAAAACAGUACAAGAAAUGAUUUAGCAGCAAGAAGUGUUGCUAAUUCUAUAUUUGGAUAAAAAUCAACUUUACCAUUUAAUUAAUUUAUAGGUUAAGCAAAAUAAUAAUUGAUAUAUGCAAAUAAGAUGUGCAAGUCAUAUUUUACUAAGAAAUUCAUUAAUCCUUAUUUUAAAUAUGGAAUUCCAAAAUUAACAUCAUCUAGUUUUAUUUUAAAUGAUUAAGUGCUUGCUUUAUUACAAAUGAGUUCUCCUGAUUUUAAUAGGAUUAGUUAAUUGGAUUUGAAAUUCUCAUCCUCAGUCACAAAUGAUGAUUUAGAAUAUAUAACUGAAAUCAUUAUAGAUACAUAAUAGCCAUUAUUAUUUCUGUUUAAAAAUAGAGAAGAUGAAUCAUAAAAUGAUACAUUUUAAUAAUAAGUAUUUGGAGCAUAUAUUAGUAUUGAUGAAACAAUAGAAACUCAUUUCAUAAGGAAGAAGUAGAAGGAUCCUAUGGGUAAAUAUGUAAUUAAUUAUAAAUAGGAAUCUUGUACAAUCCAAAAGAUUAAAUAUCUCUUUAUUUUGGAGAUGAAAAAAGUUUUCUAUUCUCAUUGUUACCAAAAUAUCAAUUAUUUAUGAGUACAUUUGAUAUCUAAUCUAAAUAAUGCUUUGCAUAUAUAAACAAUAGAGCAUUUAAUCUUUAAGUUUAAUAACCAUAUGGACUUGGAUUUGGUGGUGAUGGUAAAGGUAAUUUUAGGAUUUGGAUUGAUGAAAAAAUUAAAGGAAAUGCUACAAAUAGAAUUAAUAAUUAAUGUGAUUAAACAUAUGAAAUGGGAUAUUUAUUAGAACCUCAUGUAGAAUUUCUUAAUGUAAUUUAUUAAUUCUAUCUAUAGUUAACAUCAAUUGAAAUUUGGGGAGUUAAUUAUGAAAAAAAACAAUAGAAAAAAUGA